AGCGGCCGCGGCCAUGGCGUACGCCUACCUGUUCAAGUAUAUUAUCAUCGGCGACACGGGUGUUGGUAAAUCAUGCUUAUUGUUACAAUUCACGGACAAGAGGUUUCAGCCAGUGCAUGACCUUACUAUUGGUGUGGAAUUUGGUGCUCGGAUGAUAACUAUUGAUGGAAAACAGAUAAAACUCCAGAUAUGGGAUACGGCUGGACAAGAGUCUUUUCGUUCCAUCACGAGGUCAUAUUACAGAGGUGCAGCAGGGGCUUUACUAGUGUAUGAUAUUACAAGGAGAGAUACAUUCAACCACUUGACAACCUGGUUAGAAGAUGCCCGCCAGCAUUCCAAUUCCAACAUGGUCAUUAUGCUUAUUGGCAAUAAAAGUGAUUUGGAAUCUAGAAGAGAAGUAAAAAAAGAGGAAGGUGAAGCUUUUGCACGGGAGCAUGGUCUUAUCUUCAUGGAAACUUCUGCUAAGACUGCUUCCAAUGUAGAAGAGGCAUUUAUCAAUACAGCAAAAGAAAUUUAUGAAAAAAUUCAAGAAGGAGUCUUUGACAUUAAUAACGAGGCAAAUGGCAUUAAAAUUGGCCCUCAACACGCUGCUACUAAUGCCACACAUGCGUGCAAUCAGGGAGGCCAGCAGGCCGGGGGAGGCUGCUGUUGAGUCCGUUUUUACUGUCUUGCUACCCAGAUGGGGCCUACUCAGCUAUUCUUUCACUCCUGCUCAGCUGAGACAUGAAACUAUUCGAAAUGGCUUUAUGUCACAGAAGACUUUAAUCCUUCAAAUUCUUGUAUAAUUUUGAAUAAAUGGUUAAUGUUCACUUAAAAAAAGAAACUGAUUUUGGAGAUUGUAUUCAUACCUAUUUGCAUUUGAUUUCUAGGUCAGUUGACGUGGUUAUUUUUGUUAAAUGUUGUCUUGUGCCCUUACCUACAAACUGAAUUGUAUUAAACACUACAAAGUCAUCUAGAGUAUUUUAAAUGGGUUUGUGUAGCUAGGUUUCCCAACACCUGUGGUUACCUAAUGUUUAAUCUUAUAGAACUGUCCUCAACAAGUUUGUCGACCUUCAAGGCUCUAAGGAAAAACAGAAGGACUCUGAAUUCUGUAUUUAUCAUUUACUUUCUGUAUAUAUAGUUUAAUAACCUGCUUGGGUGUAAUUUGCCAAGCUUGAAUUCUUUAAUGCAUUUGCAUAAAUUCUCUACUGUUUAGAGCAUAAAGCUACAGAAGCUUUGUUAGGAAUUGCUUGGACACUGAAUUUUAAACUUUUUGACAUUGUUAGCAAGCAUGUUCAUCUUUUCUUGUCACUAGUCCAAGAAAACUACGCUUAAUGUACAUUACUAAACGCUAUGUAUGUAUUAACCUGUUUUAAUGCCAAAAGUUUGCUAUUUGUCAACUAUUUCUUUAAGACCUCUUCAGAAAAGGAUUUGUUUGCCUUAAUGAACACUGUUAGGUAAAACACACAGUAUAAUGAGUGGAAAGGGUGGAAGCAAGAACUCCCUCCAAGCGACUCCAAGAAUGAAUGUCCAUUUAGAUGGCA